CGAAAAGUGACUGUAGCGCACUCUGGUGGUAGCUUCGUGAAGCGAGUUUACUUGGCAACACUGUAAGUAACAUAGCCCUCUGUUGCCGCAAGAAAAAUUUUCCUCGUUCGAAUUUGGACGCCGUUUACGGUAUUCCCCUUCGAUUCAGGUUCAUCGUGAUGCCUGCUAGUGUGAUCGGAGUUGCUGAAGCUGACGUCGAAAUGGUUUCUCUGGACUCCCGUGCUGAGCGCCAGCGCCAGAUGAUCCGCCAUGCCCAGGAGCUUCACCAUCUGAAUUUAGCUGCUGCUCGUCAGGGGCUGCGUGAGCGCACAGCUCAGGCUGACACUGCCAAGGUGCGUUGCGAGAUAGCUCGUGUGGAAGCAGAGGCUGUGCGCCUGAAACUUGAAUUGGCUCGUGAAGCCCUGCGUGAAGCAAGGGCCAAAGCAGAUUUGGCUGAACUGCAGCUGGCUGCUCGUAAGCGUGAGCUCCUUUCCGAAGCUGGUUGUGACCUGAUGAUCAUGGCAACUGAAGAUGAGAUAAAGAUGAUUGAAGAGCGUGAAAGGGUUAGGUCCACUGGUCAAGCCGAGGCUUCUGUCACAGUGCCUAUCAUAUCGGAGAAUAUGGUUGCAUGAUCUUGCGUCUCCAUAUGUACUGUCUGUGCUGGUUGUUCACUCAUAGCUUCCUUUGAUAAAUUACUUUGGCAAUCCAGUCACCAUUUUAUUUUCACACCAGGAAGUACGUGUGGUGUGAUUUUAAACACAAAUGCCAAUUUAGAGAAGCCCUGCUCAUUCAAAUCAUCUUUACGGGAAUUACAACUUCUGUAUAAGGGCUUUAGAACGACCCACAGUAGUGCAUUUUAUUUACUUGAUGUAUGUUUGAUUUUUUCGAAUGUAUUAUUUGUUCUUUCAAAUGUUGUAACGCUAAUUGCAUUGCAACAAUUGUCCUACCUUCACUGUCCACCAAAUUCCCUUUAUAAUUUAUUGUUUUGUGUUAAUUCCAGUCAUCUUUAUUUUGUUUGUCGUGCAAAGAGGUGACACUUGUGGUCAGGUGUACUUAUUUGUUUCAUUCAAAUAAAAUGUACAUCUUUUGAUUUUAUGUUUCUAGAUACAAAUUAUUGUGAUUUUUUGCACCUUAAAAUUGUACACCAAAUACAUAAAGGAAGCUUGGCUAACUUUUGUUUAUUCUGUGAUUUUAUUUAGUAAUUAUUCUAAUUAUUUGUAAAAUUAUUUGCCAGUGAAGGUAGGUCAGUAUAUGGAUUUGUUUUGAAUACUCAUGUGAGCCUGUUGAGGGCAUCAUGCUUUUCUGUACUCUUUCUCUCUCUUUAUCUGUUUUUUCUACCCACCUGUAAUUUUCUUACAGACAGAGCGUUUAUAAAUUACCAUGCGUUUUCAGGCUAUUCCUGCCCGAUACAUCGCAAAUGUGUGAAUGUUUGUGGGGCUGUAAGAAUUUUCUCUUCAGAUGGGCAAAUUUAGUCAUUUUGCGUUGAUGUCUUGUAGAAUGUUUAGCACUGCAUUGUCUCUUGUACUAUCUUGGAUGAAUGUUUUUAGGGAUUGUAGUGUGAUACACAUGGUGAGAUAUACUGGCCCAUUUAUUACAACAACCCAAUGUCUAAUUAUUGUAACCAG